GGAGAGAGUUUAUUAUACAGGGAGGGCCAAGGAGAGGGAGAACAGAGAUCCGGAAAGCGGAAGAAAAGGGAAAAGCUGUGAAGAAAACAAGGAUUCAAAAAGAUAGAGCAUAUAAUCCUUUAUCCAGGCACAAUGGCUUCCAGAAGGGCUCCACCCUACGUAAUGGUACCCUUCAUACUGGCCCUGUCCAGCAGUUAUGCAGAAAAACAUCUCCCUGAGGGAAAUGCUACGAAAACCCUGAUCAUCCCUCAAACCUUUGGAGAGCUGGGUGUAAAUCCUGAUGAAGAUUACGACAGACUUGAGGAUCCUACCCCGCAACCAACCAACCAAAGCAAGGUGCGCAAAUCUCAGCAUUGUGCCUACGACAGAUGCCGUGACCAGCAGCAACCUUGUGUGGAGCUCUCAGCUGCCACGGGGUGCCAGUGCCCUGGGCUGACCGGGCCCGGGGUGAUCCCCGAGGCCCCUUAUCUGAAGGACAUGAUCCAGCAAGGCUCAAAGGUUGAGGUUCAAUGGUGCGCUCCAUCCUCCACCGUGUCAACUUACCAGGUUGUGGUGAAGGGUCAAGAGCCCGUGGUUUUUACGGGACUGUCAAGAAAGGCGGUUUUGGAGGGCCUGGAGGCAGGGGCAGAGGUAUGUGUGGAGGCGGUGAAUGCUGCUGGGGUCAGCGGCCCAGGUCCACACUCUUGCAUGACGUACCAGCCGGAGAGCGGUGGCAGCCUGUCCCUGAAGGCCGGACUCAUAGGAGGAGCGCUGGGGUUCCUGCUCCUCUGCUCCCUAGCCGUCUUCCUGCUCUGGAGAAGAAAGGCUUGUGGGAAAUCUGGAGGCAGGAGCGUCUCUCACACCACUGACGGAUCGGCGCUCUGAAAGGUCAGGAAGUGAAUUCGUUGUGAGGCUGUGAGUGGAGCGGCAGGGACAGAGAGACAUAGACAUGAUGCCCUCAAAGGACUCACAGGCUACUGUCGCUGGGGACCAUUUCAUGGAAACAACCUCAAAAGCAUGGGAAAAGCAUGUCUUGGAGUAUUUGCUGUGUGUGUGUGUGUGUGUGUGUGAGAGAGAGAAAGAGAGAGGGAAAGAGCGAGAGAGAGAGAAAGAGUGUGUGGGGGAGGGACUGUGUUUGCUUUGACAUGUAAAUGCUUGGAGUGCUUGUUCAACAGCAUUAUACACAAACAUAUGUAUAAUGCUGUUGAAGGAGCACUCUUAAGAAUCUGCCCUGCUAUCUGGCCCUACCCUGAAAGUCACAGGCCCACAGAGUCCCCUGAAAAAAACUUGUUUCUGUGCACAGGAUUCUGUUACAGGACAUAGGUUUAGGGGUGAGAGAUCAUGAGGUGUGUGUUUGUGUGUCACUGUGAGCAAACUAUCACUGUAUAAUGAAAUUACCAUUAUUAACAGGGAAGGGAGGGGUGAGAUGGCCCCCGUCCGGGCUGUAUCGAAGUGUCCCUGAGACACCUAACCCCCCGAAUGCUCCUGACGAGCUGGUCGGCGCCUUGCAUGGCAGCCAAUCGCCGUCAGUGUGUGAGUGUGUGUAUGAAUGGGUGAAUGAGAAGCAUCAAUUGUACAGCGCUUUGGAUAAAGGCGCUAUAUAAAUGCCAACCAUAACAUUACACGGCCAGACCCCAGAAAAAGAGCAUGGUGUGCCGGGACUGGUUUAAGGCCUGUGCAUACUAAUGUGGAUGAUAAACUCUGGCUUAGAGACAGUUAAAAGAUGUCAUAGAUGAGGCCCAUGUUAGAUGGACACAUACAGCUGGCAUUUGUGCCUCAGACUUUCGUAUGUGAGAGAAGCCCAAAACUAUUUAGCUGUGAAAAUAUUUGCUGAAUAUCUGCCAGAGACACGGCCUACUGCCGUGUUACGAAGCCUUUUGCAAAAAAAAGCUGGUAUUGUGUUGGGUGUGCUGAGAGAGAAGGAAGUGGGUAUGGGAGGGCGAGGGAAGGCAGGCACAAGUUCCUGAACCAGAAGAAACCUGGGAUCCUAAUUGUAUCAUUUAGCUGAAAGAGAAUAGUGAAUGUCAUUUGUAAAGGGAGCACAUGAUUACAUUUUUUUGUGAUUAUAUUUUUAACAGGAACUUUGCUUCAUGAACAAAAUGACUUAUAAGAAAAAAAGAUUUAUAAUGUCAUUCCUCCAAAUAAAAACUACGCUCAGUGAGCACUUUAUUAGGUAUUUAAUGGACUUAUUUACAGGAGUGGGUCAAAAGCAACAGUAAACUAGGGGUGUGCAAUGUGUGUCAUAUCUGUUUUUAGGGUUUAUAAUUCUCUUUACGUACUUUCAGCACAUGUGCUAUUAGACAUAAUUGCAUGUUUGUAGUGAUUCAAUAAAUGCUAUAGAUUCGAAAUCCACAAAAAUUAACUGCAAAACAAAAACAUUGCAAUGUAGUGCAACCAAUACAAUAUUUUGCGAUACAAGACUGAAAUUCAUUAUUUGGCUUAAUAGCUACACUAUUAUAGCUCAAAUAUAAUUUAUAAAUUUCAAACAUUAUAUCAGUUGAUUUUGGCAUCAACAAUCAUUCCACAGUCAAAGAUCACAUUUCUUCCCCAAGCUGGUGUACAAGUUUACCAAAUAAAGUGCUCACUGUGUAUAUAUGUAGUUGCAGUGGUCUUGGAUGAGUAACCUUUUAAUACAUAAAUCUCUGUUCAUCAUAUCAUGUAAACAUCCUUCAGCAAAUAUUUAAAUACAGAUCUAUGACUUGAAUUUGAACUCAUAGAUCACCACAUAAACUGAUACCAAAUACAGUAUGUGGACAGAUUAGCAAAUUGACCGAUUGACUAAUCAAGCUUCAUUCUCACAUACAUUCUGACAUUCAUUAAAGGUUUAUGUGGCAAUAAACAUAACAGGAACUUAAAGGAUACAUCUGGAAAGGUAUUUUUAAAUUAUAUAUUAAUGUAACUGUACAAAAAUAUUUUUGUAAUGGCUGUGGGCUUUUGAUAAAAGCUAAAACUGAAUUUGUUUUUCUAAAUUAUAUAUCAUAAAAAUAAAAUGUAUUUGUUUACAUUGUUUUUACAUUGGUUUUACAGUUGUUGUUGUUGCUGUUUUCUUGGACAUAUGUUGUUCAUAAAAGGAUCGCUGAAAUUCUACUGUGGAAAAAUAAGCAUCUCAUCAGCCUCCUAGUGGCUAUGAACUAUAAAAUCAUCUAUUUUUUUCUGGGGCUGUAGAUUACACUUUACGUUUCAUUUGUAUUGAGAAUUAACUGACUCAGCGGUAACAGAUGCAGAUAAUUCAAUGUGAAAAGGUAAUACAACCUCUGCAAUUUACAAACUUAAACAAGAUAUUUCUACAAAUUUUAAUGCACUAUUUAUUUAGCCAAAAGCACAGGAAAUAUUGUGCAGGUGGAAAGAAGAAUGGAUUCAACCACAAAUCCCCAUGCAAUGGGAGCAUGAUCAUAGCCUAUUCAAAAGCCAAUCAAUGGUUUUCAUGGACCAUGCUGUCCAAUUUGACCUUGAUAUAGUAAAUCCCACAAGCAGGACUACUUUGAAUGUAUUGUUCAUUUUGUUAUUUCUUUUAUAUAAUUUGAAUUCCUGUAUUUGCUUUUUUUUAUUGUUUAUGGCUGUUCUUUUUCUACACUGUGGUCCCUGUGGAACUGUAUUUUUAUUUUAUUUUGCUCUAUAAUGAGAAGAAUGCAAUCUUUUCAUUUUAAUUAAGUGACUGUUGUCAAAAUGUAAAAUGACAGCUACAGUACUGGAUAGACUGUAUUCCUUUUUGCAACAAUUUCUCUUUUUGGCAUAAUAAAUGUAAUAUGUAAUAAAUGUUAUAUCAUAAAACAAAAAUUAAGAAAUAAUUUGCAUUUCUGUUCAACAAGUAAUAAUCAUUACACCUUCCUAAAUGUAUUAGUCCAUACCAACAUAAUUAAGUGGUCUAAUGCAUCAUACUGUAUGUAUUGUUGAAAUUUUUAUAAUCAUAUUCU